ACUCAGGCAAUUCGAAGACAGAUAGGUGGGGGGCAGCGGGUCUUCGGGACACAAAGUCCUCUCCAGACGUUUCUCCAGUAGUUUCCAGCCAACCAGAGCCAAGCGGGGCAGAGAAGAAUGGCAUAUGCUCAGGCGAUGACCAGGGAUCUUUCCCCAGAACUGGUCGAGCUUGAGGACCAGAACCUGUGGGGACCCAGGGUCGCAGAGCCGGAAUACGAGCAGUUGGAGCCAAGGUGGAAACGGCCUGUGAGAGCCUCUGUGGAGCUGGCAAAGCGGAGCCAGCAGCGCAGUCCGCGGCGGGCCUCAGUGUCCCGGCGAUCCCAGACACCAGAACGGUCUGCCAAGAUGCCCAACGUGGUGAAUGAAAUCAUGAAGCUCCUGUGUUACAUUUCUGAGAAGAAAAAAAUGAAGGCGGCCAUCAAGCACUCUAUGAGGGGUGCCAUGGUUACAGGGAUCAUGGCCUUUGUCGGAGGUUUGGUUGGUGGCCCACCAGGAAUUGCUGUUGGUGGGACUGUUGGGGGUCUAUUAGGUGCCUGGAUGACAAGUGGACAGUUUAAGCCUGUACCUCAGAUCUUGAUGGAGCUGCCCCCUGCUGAACAGCAGAAACUGGUUAACGAAGCCAAGGCCAUCAUCUGGAACUUGGACUGGACAGACGCUAUACAGCUCAUUUCUCUGGUCAUGAGCAAUGAGGCCAUGCAGCAGAAACUCCUGGCCAUGCUAACCACUUAUAUAACCAAGAAGCUGGGGGCUGAGAUCUGCUAUGGUGACUAGGCCACUUUACCUGGGGGAUGAUUCUAUGGCUCCCAGAAAGUGACCUGGGAGUGGGGGAUACCUGACAGGUACCUCUGAGAAACCUGCAUAUCUUGAGCAUUGACUGUAGUAAGCAGGAGUGUGGGUACAUCCUGUUGGACUGUCCUCUGCUGGAGAGGUGUGUGCUCUUGAAACGUACUGGCUGUUGGCAUCCACAAACAGCUUGGGAGUACAGUUCCUGUGGCUCUCACUGAAGUUCUUACAUUGGCUGUCCAGCUGUGACAGAUGCCCCUCUUCCUGUGAAGAGGACCUCUAGGUACCUGUCACAGGAUUAGACCCCCAUAGGCUAUGGGAUCUUGGGAUUCAGAGCCAGCUCUUGCCAGGAUUGUGCUUACCUUCUGAGUGUUCCCCGUCUUCCCCCAGGGAUUUCCCCGUGGCCUUAUGAUAACAGUGGUUCCUAUUUAAGUGAAGCCACAGCUGCCAGGCACUUUCUGUACUCUGAGUCUAUCUAAUUCCCAGGCUGUCCUGAGUAACUCCGAUUAAGUUUCUAGAGUUGUUUUGCCUUCGUGUGGGAAAUCAUGGCACUUAUUUAUCUCUUCCUUUUAUUGUCAGUUCUGGGCCCUUUUGAUUCUUUAUACUUUUGUAGUGUAAGUUAAUUAACUCCAAUUUUUUUUCUUCCUGUGUUGCCUAGGCUGGACUUGAACUCUUGGCUCAAGUGAUUUUGCUACGUGCCUAUGACUGCAGGCUUGUGCCCCCAUACCCAGCUUUACCUCAAAGGCUGUUGUCUCUGCCACUUCAGAUCAGUUAGUUCUUUCAGGGUCUCUGUCCCAGACCAGUUUCCUCCCUGCACUGGUGCAAUCUACACUUCACUCGUGCGAAAAGCCAAAAUUAACGAUGAAUUGAGUUCAGAGGCCAUAACUGAGCUAGGGGCUGGGAUGCACAUCCAGGGUCCCAGAUAAGUGAAAGGCCAAAGCGAGAGCAUCUUUGAGCCCAGGAGUUCAAGACCAACCAGGACAACAUUCAGGAAGCCGGGAGAUAGGAGGUGGGGACAUAACUGAUCACCUUACUUGCCUUUUAUUUGCAAUCACAGAAUCAACAUGCAGUGGGUGCUCUGAUGAGCUGGAUUGAGGAGGAUGACAGAGGAGACUAAGGGAAGGGCAGAAAUACCAACAGGAAGGUUAACCCACGGGUAGGCACCUUAUCACCUGGGGUGAAACUGGCUCUUUUGGGAUUUGGUUAGCUUGUCUUUGAUUGCCCUAAGUGACAGCAGCUCAGAUCUGAAAAACAGCUUGUUUGAUGCUUUUCUUUCCUUGUGGUGCAGUGGAUGGAACCCAGGGCCCUGCAGGAGCUAGGUAAAUUCCACCAGUGAGCCCUACUUCAGCCCACUUUUUGUAGAUCCAAAGCAAAUGCUGUAAUGCUGAGUCUAGUCCCAGCCCUUGAGUGGCUCAGUUUUGCUUUGGCUAGUUGGUCCUAGUGCUGGAGCUCAACCAAUGACACCGGGCACAGGAUGAAACAUUUGUCCCUUCUUUUUUCCCCUAUGAGAGAUGUGCACUCAGGGAGGGAAGGAGCUGGGUGUCUUCAUUACCCCUCCUAUCACCAUGGCUUCUAUGUGGCAGACACUAUAUAUAUAUAUAUAUUGCUAUGUACUGAUGACUUUUGUAUUUCUGUUGUUUUCCUUUUUUCUUUUUUUCGUGUUUUGUCUGCAUUUAUGCAAGUACAGUAUGUAUGUGUGUGAAUCCCACAGAUGCCAGAAGGGGGCACUGGACAUCCUGAAACUGGAGUUACAGUCAUGUAGGAAGGAGCUGGGAACUGAACCCAGAACUUCUGCAAAAAGCAAUAUUGGCUAAACUACCUUCCUAACUCUAAGUAUUGGUUUUUCAAAACAGGGGGUCUCUGUGUGGUUUUGGUGAACAUCAAAUUCAUGAUCCUCCUGCCUCUAUCCCCCUAAGUGUAGGGAUUAUAGAGAUAAACCACUAUGCUGGUGCUUCUGUAAAAUUUUUGGGGGGGUCAUUAUUUUGAAAUCACUUCCUAUGGAACUCCUCUGGGAAGGGAACCUGCGACAAAGGAAAUCUAGAGUGAAUUUGCAAGCAUCUUGAAACCACAGAGCUACUAACCACUGAAGCCAAGUUCAUCCUGGAGACUCUAGAACCCAGAGCCCUCACUCAAACACCAUGUGGUUUCACUAGGGAAUUCUGGGACAUGUUUUCCACAUGAAAUAUUUUUAGUAAGUGUAUGCUGCUCCUGAAGUGACAGGAUGACAAACAGUCUUCCUUUUGGGGUCCUGGCACUGGUGGGUCUUUGAGACAGGGUUUCUCCAUGUAGCCCUGGCUGUCCUGGAACUGGCAUUGUAUCCAGGCUGACCUCAAACUCUCUGAUCUGUCUGCUCCUGCCUCCUGAGUGCUGGGAUUACAGGUGUGAGUCACUGGCUGUGGGCCACAGACAAUGUUCCUAUCCCCAAGUCUUUCCUGAUGUAUCUUCUCUUUGCUUUCAAAACUACAACCCAAAUGUCAUCAAAGUACCAAUAAAUUACUUUUCCUUGAAAAAGC